UGCAAGAUCAUUUCAACCCAGUUACUGCUUAGAGAACCUUAAAUUUCAUCCUUGUUUGUUUAUGAGUUAAUUUUCAGCCUAGUCACUGCUCGGAGGGAUUGCUGCUUCACCCAGGCCACUAUUUUCAGAUCCAUGGCUUUUGUGUAUCCCUUUGGCUGCACCCUGAAUGUGGCACGCCCUGCUGUGGCUGUUCUCUCCACCGGCAGCAUAUCCUUUCCUCUCAACAGACCGGUGUGUGCCUUCUAUGAGCACCCGAGGAACCGGGGACGUGUAGCGGUGCUCGGCUCGGCCCACAUGCUGUGCGACCAAUACCUGGACCGUGAGGAGAACAGUAAGAUCAAGGAUGUGGUGUUCCAGUUUCUCACCGCCAAGGACUUCAAGCUGAACCAGAUCGAUGCUGAUGACCCGAGAUCUGACUACAAUAUGACUCCUGAUGUGGCGUGCCUGGCCGAGAACCUUCGCACAUGUCUCCAGGAGUCUGAGGAAGUGCCCACAGACUACACCCAGCUCUUUCACACUCAGCUCACCUCAGUGGACAUGCAGCUGGUGCCGGCCAGUCUGGAGUCUUACAGCAAACUUAACGUGAAGCAUGAACCGCUACGCCUUAUCACACCACAAUUUGAGACACCCCUGCCGCCCCUCCAGCCUGCGGUGUUUCCUCCUUCAUUCCGGGAGCUGCCCCAUCCUUCCCUUGAGCUAUUUGACCUGGACGAGGCCUUCAGCUCAGAGAAAUCCAGACUAGCACAGGUGACCAACAAGUGCAAAGAUGAGGACCUGGAGUACUAUGUGAGGGAGUGCGGGGACAUUCUCAGUGUGAUGCCCAAACUCCCGCCCAACGCCAGGGAUGCCAAGCACAUCCUGGAGUACAUCUUUACCCAGUUGGUGGAGUUCAAGAAGCUCAACCAGGAUCCCGACGCCUUCAGCAGGUCAGAGAUAGAAGGCGAACUGUGAAGAGGAGGAGAGAACAUGGGACCAUACAACUACUGAGUGCAUGACUACUGUAAUGUAUGAAUUCUGAAGGUCAAGAGGGAAUAUGCCAAGCACCAAUUCACUACUUGUAUAUUUGAGUGUGUUUACUGACAUGUAAUUGAGUAAUGCAUGUGUCCUGAUGAUGGAGGGGUAAAGCAGAUAGAAGGCACCAAUUAGUACUGCAUAUUCAAGUGUGUGCAAUAGUGCAAUGUGAAAUAUGUAUGGUUAAGCUCAGGUUUUGGGUAGAGAGAGAGAGAGAGAGAGAGAGAGAGAGAGAGAGAGAGAGAGAGAACUAAGUAGCACACAGGAUAAAAUUAUGUAUACUACAGUAACCAUCCCCUUGAGGGCAUUCGAGUCUGAGGCAUUAGUGUAGACUAGACUCAAUUUAACUAAACCAUGAGUGCAUUUGACCACUUACCAUUUUAUAUGCAACUUUGUGUGUGUGUCUUAUAUAAUCCAUCACAGGACAGGCAGAUAGACUCAAGAGCAGCUCUUCUAAACACUGAAGCUUUUGAAAUAAUUAUUGGUGUCAUUCUUCUUUAUGGCCUGAUCUUUCAGGUCCCUAAAUUUAAAAAGCUGCAUGUGCGUUCAAAGUUGAAAUUUAUAUACUACAGUGGAUCCUCUCACUUGGAACAAUUCAGACAUGGAACAAAAAUUUCAAUAAUAUUUACCGUCGGAGUUGGAACAAAAUUCGAACUUAGAACAACCUGAAAGUGGCCAAAUCCACUGAAUCUGGGUAAUGCUAGCACUGUUGGUGGGAGAUAAACAUCAAUUCCUGCUUUGUUUUGAUUCCACAUUGUCACCCUGCUCUUAUUCCCAGCUGGGGUCAGAACAUUUGACCAGUUUUUCAUUUGACCAGAGUCACUUAACCAGAUACGAUGGUUGUUUAAUAUUUCAUAUAGGAACACUGACCAUGUAACUAACUAAAAUAUUUCUUAAUUACUGUACCGACAAGGUAUAAGAAACGUGAAACAAAAAACCCACAUAGGACUAACUGACUGUGCUAAUGGUAGUGCUGCCACCACACAAUAAUACCUUGUUAAGUGAUAGUCUUCAUUAAACUUACCACCAAUAGGUAAUAAUAUUGAUUUUACAUAGUUCAGUUCUUAUUUAUUUAUGGAAAAGUUUUGGACCUUCGAACAGAUUAAAAUUAUUUAUAUUGUUUCCUAUUGGGAAAACGGUUUCUAACUUUAAACAAUUUGAACAUGGAACAGCUUUUGGAAUGAAUUAUGUUUGAAGUCCGAGGGUCCACUGUACUUGAUUUGUAUUAUUUGCAUAGUAUAUUUAAACUGUUUAUCUGAUAAGCUCUGGAACUCCCUGCCUGCUUCUGUAUUUACUCCUUCCUUAGACUUUGAGUCUGGGAGCUUUCAUGGCACUUACAUUCCAAUAUUUGAUUUACUGACUUACUUUUUGGGGAAUGGUACUCCUAUGGACCUUUGCAGAUAUAUAUUUUGUUGUUGGCCAGUGUCCCUCUUAAAAGAAAAAAAUCAUGUACAACUGCCAACAUUCUAGCACAAUUAAAAAAAGAUAAUUACAUAUUGGUGAAGAUGGAGUGGUUAGGGAAAGGAAAUACAUAUAUAAAUUACUAACCCACAUAAAUUAUUCUCAGGAACAUGAUUGAAGGUUGUGUGUGUGUUAGUUGACAAGAGAGGAAGUAUUACGUGUUGUUGAACUAAAAGAUAUGGCAAUACAGUUCUAGUCUAUUGUAUUAAAUUAAUGAAUGUAGUGUGUGUGUGUGUGUGUGUGUGUGUGUGUGUGUGUGUGUGUGUGUGUUGUUGAACUAAAAGAUGUUAACAUUUCUAGUCUGUUGUAUUAAGUGAUCAUUCUAGUCUAUAAUAUUGGUUAUUCUACUGUACUGUCUAUAUUGAUGUUUAUUCUAGUCAGGUGUUAACUUAUAUCAAGUGUUGUGUAUGAUGAGAACACCCUGAAUACUGCUACACCUACAUUAACCCUUGUGACUACACUCUUGCAGUGACUGGCAUCACCCCAAAAAUUAAAUAAAAAAUAAACAAAGAAGUAAUAAGUAAUCUUCAGUAGGCUCUUUUUUAUAACUUAGUUACCUUAGACAAGAGCCCUGCCUUACAAAUAAACAAAUUGAUAAAAUAGAAUAAAGUUUUAGUAUUGAAAUAAUGAAAUAAUAUAAAUGAAUAAGUAAAUGGUUGGACACAUUCUCUCCAGUCAAGCAAGAAGCACAAAAUAAUAAUAGAGGAAGAGAAGUGCAGCUACAUCAACUUUCAAGCAAACACUAAUAAUCAUCCACAUUAUGAAUUAUUACUUGUAUGAAUUGUAGAUGUAAGGAAGAAUAGUUAUUGACAUUACAAAUACUUCCUCCCUCAUCUUGCAAGAAACACAACAACAAUGAGAGGAAAAGAAGAAAUAAACACUACUAAUUUCCCAUCCACAGUAUAAGUUAUUAGCAUUAAUUUGACGGGAAUAAGUAAAAUAAACAAAGUAAUGUAUAAUUCAAAUAAUUUCCCUCUCAUCUUGCAAGGCACACAAUAACAACAAGGAGAGGAAGAGAAGAAUUAUUCACCAACUCCUUUCAAACACAUUAAUUUCUGUCCAAAUGAUGAGUUACUAGAGUGAAUUGUAGGAUGUAAGGGAGGGAAACUAUUUACUGUGUUUACUGAGCAGUGAGGAGGAAUAAGAUAGUGUGAGAUCCGUCCAGUAAUAAAGCACCAGGAAUUGU